AUGUCUGGUCCGCCAAAGAAAUCAAGAACUCUUGAAUCAUUCUUCUCAAAAAGUAGCCGCACCAGUUCAGUUGGAGAUAACCCUGAAAUCUCUAAAACAUGUGAAACUACCACUUGCCAAGAAUUUGAAUCAAAAUCUACUGGUGAAGAAUUCGACACACAAAGCCAAGUUGCGGUAGUCCAGGAUUGUCCUGAAGAGGAAACACACCCAGACCUCUGUUGUAUGGCGACACAAACGUGCGAGAGUGGAGGUGGAAGAGGUGCACAAUACGGAGGUGGAGCAGGCCAGUCAAUGGGCAAACUUGUUAACAAGCCUCUUGUAAACUUUUCAGACUUGACAGGGAAAAAUGGAGCCCUCACAAGUCACCAAGAAACAUCUUUUCAUAAGACAUGUGCCAUAAAGUACACGGAGUUCUUGAGCCGUGCAACACCUGGGAGUGAGAAGGACGUUCGAUCAAUAAUGAACAUUGAAAGGCAGAAAGAGAUUGAAAGAAACAGGACUGCGCUGGUUCCCAUCAUCGACACCCUUCUAACAUGCGCCAGGCAAAAUAUUGCGCUUAGAGGCCAUCGUGAUGAUGGACCAGUAGAUUCAACUGGGAUGGAACCCAAGCACAAUGAUGGAAACUUCAGGGCAUUGCUGCGAUUGAGAGUACGGGGAGGAGAUACAAACUUGAAAGAUCACUUGAAAUCUUGCAAACGCAAUGCUUCUUUGGUAAGCAAAACGAUACAAAACGAGCUAAUUGCCUGUGCAGGAAAUAUUGUCAAAGAGGACAUAGUAAGAGAUGUAAAAAUUGCAAAAUUCUGGACAAUAAUGGCCGACGAAACCCAAGAUUGUGCGAAACGAGAACAGUUGGUCAUUGCAAUUCGUUACGUUGACACAAAAAAUGUGCCAAAAAUUAUCAAAGAAGAACCGGUCGCAAUUUUAGACCUGAUUGCAGACAUAAAAAGCAGUGACCAAUCAGAUGAAACAGAGCACAAUGAAAUUAAGCUAUGUGGCAAGGCAAUAGGGGAGACUCUACUCCGCCAUAUAAGUGAGCUUGGGUUGGAUUUGCAGUACCUCGUUGGUCAAGGAUAUGAUGGUGCUGCAUCGAUGUCCAGUGAGCGAGUUGGUGUUUGCUCCUUUAUCAAAUCUGCUGCGCCACUCGCUGACUACUUCCACUGCUGCAUGCACGCGCUAAAUCUAAGUUGUUCUCGAGCCGCAAAGAUACCAGCAAUCAGACAUUGCAUGGAUGACAUCAAAGAUAUCAACAAUUUCUUCAAGCAUGCGAAAAGAAACAGCUAUUUGCAAGCAGUCAUAGCACGAGAAUCAAUUGAAGAGCUUCAGCGACGGCAGUUGGUGACCCUCUGUGAAACAAGAUUUGUCGAAAGUCAUGAAUCAGUUUUGGUUGCACGACAGCUUUUGCCUUACAUCGUUGUGUGCUUGGAGGAAAUGCUCGCUUGGGACUCAUUAGAUACAAGAAAAGAUGCCAGGAGAUUGUUAAAAAGUUUGCAAGACCCUCAGUUCCUUGUAGCGCUAGUAUUGGCCGAGAAAGUGUCUGCUGUACUUCGCCCAGUGUCCCGUUCUUUGCAACAAAUUGGUAGCGAUCUUGUGAAAGCAAUGUCGACGAUUUCUGCGACACAGUCAAAGCUUUACACGUGGCGUAAAGGUGAAGAAAAUGAGUUUGCUUCGAUGUUUGAAGAGGCAAUGCUUCUUGGCGAAAAUAUUGGAGUGACCAGAGAAGAGAUGCACGCAAUUCCUCGAGCAGUCAGUCAAUCCAGGUUCAGAUCAAAUGCAGGUGAAGCCAAUCAAAAAGCCAUUGAUUAUUAUCGUAUCAAUGUGUUUUUACCUCUUCUUGAUGAAGUGGCUGGAGAUAUGAAAGCAAGAUUUGGUCCCCAUCAGCAGAAGAUUGCGACGCUUACAAGAAUUCUGCCUUGUUUCGUCAAAGAAUCAACUUGGCAAGAUAUUUUGCCUGCAGCACUAAAAUACGGAGUCUUUUUAGACCCCUUGUCCAUUGUUGAAGGAGAGUAUGAAAUUUGGAAGCAGCAAUGGCUGUCACGUGGAACAAGUACAGUAGCAAAUACCGCUAUCGGCGCUUUAGGCGACUGCCAAGGUGAUGUAUUUCCUAAUUUGCAUACAUUACUCAACAUUCUCACUGUGCUACCGGUGACAACAGCAGAACCCGAACGACUAUUUUCUAAACUGAAUAGUACCCUGACAGCAAUUCGGUCAACAAUGUCUGAGGAGAGAUUAGAAUCCCUACUUCUUCUGCAAGUUCACCGUGACAGAACACCAACGAGCGAUAAACUCAUUGACUCAUUCGCAGCAUUAAAAUCAAGACGAAUCCCAUUAAAGCUGUAA